AUGGAGACCCUACAGAAGCAACAUAUAAUAUAUCACUGGGGCUUCCCAACUCACCUGAUAAUCUCGAGGAAUGGGACAACAUCUGUUGUUCAGAUCAUGGAGGAUAGUUUCCGGUUCUUACAACAAUGGAACCUGAAAUUGUCAGAUGGAGCACCGCACCUGCAGUCACCAAAACAACUGGACAAGGAAUGGUCCCCUGCCCAAGAUUCCAA